AUGGGUAGUUAAUGUUCAUAGUGUUAAACUUGUUAAAAAAGAGAAGAGUAGGUAGUAGUUGUAUCAGAGAUUAGACAACAGAGUUCUUAGAAUAUGAAUUAAUAUUCAUAAUAACCACCAGAAGAAGAAAAUGAUGAAAGUUCAUGUAUUGAAAAUAAUAAUAAUAAGUGAGUAAAGGAGUAGAUUUGAUGAAGAAUGAAAAGUUGGAAUAAAAAUAUUAACCAGAAGCACCAACUCCAACUCCUAUAGCUAGUUAAUCAAUAGCACCUACUUAAUUAAUUUCUUUCAGUGUUCAAAUUCAAUAACCUUAACUGACCUAAGAGUCAUAAAAUGAUCCUAGUAUACCAAAAAAGGAUGGAAUGAAUAAAAGGAAUUAGGAAGAUUUAAAUUAGGAUGAAAUAAAUAAAUAAGGUCCUAGAGAAAAGAGACCAAAGUAUGUAUUUAAAAGUGGGGCAAUAUAUGAAGGAGAAUGGGUUGGUAAUAUGAGAGAUGGUUAUGGUACAUAAAUUUGGUCAGAUGGAGCAAAGUAUGAAGGAGAAUGGACAGCUAAUUAAGCAAAUGGAAGAGGAAAGUUUUGGCAUGUGGAUGGGGAUUAUUAUGAAGGUGAAUGGAAAAAUGAUAGAGCAAAUGGAGUAGGAAAAUAUAUACAUACAGAUGGAGCUUAAUAUGAUGGAGAAUGGCUAGAAGAUUUAUAACAUGGGUAAGGUAAAGAAUUCUGGGCUGAUAAUUCCAAAUAUGAAGGAUAAUAUAGAUAUGGAAAGAAGUAAGGAUUUGGAUGUUAUUAAUGGACUGAUGGUUCUACAUAUAAAGGAAUGUGGAAUGAUAAUAAAUUGAAUGGAUUUGGAAUUUAUAAUUGGCCUGAUGGGAGGGUAAGAUGAUUGUUACAUACAAAGCGCUAUGAAGGUUUUUGGUAACACAAUUAAAUGAAUGGGAGAGGCAUUUACUAUUGGCCAGAUGGACGAUAUUACGAUGGAGAGUAUUUAAAUGAUAAAAAGCAUGGAUUUGGAGUAUACAAAUGGAAUGAUGGACGUUGUUAUGAAGGGUAUUGGUUAUAAGGGAAAUAACAUGGAAUAGGGAGGUAUGUGUUAAGUGAUGGACAGAGUUAAGUUGGAGUUUGGGAAAAUGGAUAAAGAAAGAGAUGGGUAGAAGGGGAAAGUAAAAUAGAAAGACCAAGAGACUGGGAUAAGUAUAUACAUCCUAAAUUAUAAGACUUUUAAUGA